AUGUUCGUAAUCAAAACCGUUCCUCCAUCCUCCACCCAAACAUUCGCAGAUGAUAUGCCUGCCACUCAUCGAAAACAUCAAAUCGAAAUAGACGCUAUGCAAGUUGAUGAAGAUGAAUACGGUGCUGGCCCAAGCAAGAGAACCAUAGUCACACCUGGAGAGAUUAUCACGAGCUCAAAGGAGUAUAUGAGAGGACAUGGUACUUAUGUCGAGGAAGUGAAUGUCGUUUCGAGUGUAACUGGUACUAUUGAAAGAGUGAAUAAGUUGAUCUCUGUCAAACCUGUGCGAUCAAAAUACACACCGGAAGUAGGCGAUCUAGUCAUCGGACGAAUAGUUGAAGUUGGUCCUCAACGAUGGAGGGUCGAUGCGAACGGUCGUCAAGAUGCAGUACUGAUGCUUUCAUCUGUUAAUCUGCCUGGAGGUGUCCAAAGAAGAAAGAUAGAAAGUGAUGCGCUAAAAAUGAGGGAAUUUUUAGCUGAAGGUGAUCUGCUAGUCGCUGAGGUUCAGGCUUUCUUUGGUGAUGGUGCAAUGUCACUACAUACUCGAUCCCUGAAAUAUGGUAAACUACGUAAUGGUCAACUCCUCACUGUACCUCCUCAACUUAUUCGAAGAUUGAAAUCACAUUUCCAUCAUAUCCCUCCACCAUGUGGACCAUCAGGUGUAGAUAUCAUCUUGGGGUUGAACGGUUUUAUUUGGGUAUCAAGUGGUACUUCUCAAGAGAAAAGAGAAGGGGGAGAAGGAUUUGAUUCUGAAGGUGUAUAUAGUGAUAAGAAUGAUGAUAUAACACCCGAAGGAAGACAAGCUAUUUCAUCCGUUGCCAACUUGAUCAAAGUGCUCGCAGAUCAAGGUAUACCUCUAACGGAUACUCUGAUAGAAGAGGCGUCCAAUUGGAUGAACCAAAAUCAAUUACCAAUCGGACCAUUAGUUAAAAAUGAUGAACAAAGGUUAUUAGCUGAAGUCGUUGGUGUAGAUGUAACAGAGUAG